AAUUUUAAUUUUUAAUAAUUAUUGUUAAGGCGGGGAUUUGGGGAAAGAAACAGCUGACUUUAGGAUUUAGUGUAGUACUUUCUCUUCUGUUCCUGAAAUCGAGCUAUGCCGAGGGGCAGGAAAAGAAAAGCUAACACAGGAGCUCCGGAUCCCUCCACUGCACCAGAUAAAGAGACAAGCACCGAGCCCCCAGCUAGCCAGACACUGCCAAACUGCCUUACUCAAAACAGUGAGGGGAGAUUCGUCCCUCGUUUCUCUAAGAGACAAAAACAAGAAUCAACUCAACCUCCACUUCUUUCUCCUCCCCUAGAAGGAACAAAAGAAGCCACAGAUGAUUCACAUAUACAAGAGGAAGCAAUGCCAGUUCAUAUUUCUCCUCCUCCUCCUUCCCCUGGAAAUGAGAAAGGUGGAGCUCUUUCUUUGAUCGACAAUGCCAAAGAAACAGAAAUUAGUACGUCACUGAAUAGGAAGGGAAUUGUAGUACUAGAGGAAGUUAUGAUGAGCCAAAAUGACAGCUCUGACAAAAAUGAGAUUGAAAGAGAAACAACGAGCAAAAUAGAAGAAAUAAUUGAUAUAGUCCCCAAUAUAGAGCCAAAUGUAAUACCUCAGAAUGAAGAAGAGGGUCCAUCAAAUAAUAGCGAGACUGUUAAUGAUGUACAACACUUAACUAGUUCCAACACUUCUACUGAUAAAGAUGUCAUGAUAUGCAGUAGCCGUCCUCCUGAUGAUACCUGUAAUGUCGUUCAAUUAUUGCAAUCUCCAUCUUCUACUACUCGUAUUAAUAGAGAUGCUGCUGUUAGCUUAAAUCAAGGAGCUUCGCUUUUGUUACCCUCAACCAUUGAAGAUGUUAUCAUUACGUGUGUUGAGGAAGACACUAAUGCAAGUGAGGCUGGAAAGGAAGAGAGCCUUUUGAUUGAUGAUGAUUCUUUGGUUGAUCUUGAAGCUAUCGAAAUAAAGGAGAGACAAGAGGAUAAUAUUACCAAUACUGACACUGUCAAUGAACCUCACAUCAAUAGAAAUACCACAAUUACCACUACUAGUCCUCCUCUUAGCUAUAAUCCUAAUAUUACGGAGCCCACUGUUACUAAAAACAAUACUAUCGAGCUCAUCAAUAAUCAGAAUAAUAUUACACCUACUACCAUCACUAGCUCUACUCCUAUUCUUCAAGGCCCUCCUCCUAUCACUGGUUUAGAUGAUCGUGUCACUACAAUCGGUGAUGAUUGCAUUGGAGAGACAGCUGUUCAUAGACUAGAUGAUAGCCUCACUCUAGACGACAUUGAGAAUUUUGUUUCUCUCGAUUUCAGUGAAGACCCCAAUACGCUUCAAAUACGUGACACUACCAAAGACAAUAAUUUUAAAUUAAGUGUUAGCACUACAGGGCCUGAUCAAUCUUUAUUGUCCAUGAAGCAAAGGGAGUAUGAAUCAGCUCAUAAAUCAGUCGUAAGGUCACUUUAUCCAUCAGCAGUGGAUCCAUCAUGUGUGCAGUCUUUUGAUCAUACACUAAUUAAUGAUGUGGGGACUAGAGCAAAGGAUUUGACAAUGGCACAAGUACCUUCUAUAUCACCAUGUAAGCAGGAUGGCCUCCGUCUCCCUGACAGCUCACAAUUGUUGAAAGAACUGAUAAACGAAAUGACAAAACUAAAUCAAUAUGUACAGAAGUGUAGACAAGAUCUGGAGGUUGCAAAGAAGCAAAGAGCCUCUUGGCUGAAACUACAACACAACAGGACCUACAGACAACCACACCAAUAUCACCAACACCAUCACCAAUACUGAUAUAUACACUUCUGAUCAUAAACAUGUACAUAUAUGUGAACAUGAUCCUUAUUAUUACUGAUUAUAUUGUACUGGAUAUGCUGGCAUUAUAAUAACUAUAAAAAUUUAUUAUUAAAAAAAGAAUUUUAAAAUGUGUAACUUGAUUAUCAACGAUAAUAAUCAGUUGUGGAAAUUUGGGAGGUAGAAAAAUAAAGUAAUGCUGCUUGAUGAUACUACGUCAUGAUCUUUAUAAUGAGUAUUGUAGAGAAGAUUUAAUGUGUUUUUAUAUCAUAUCUAAUUAUUUAAUUAUACCAAAAGUGGUUCAAAUAAUAAUAACAGUGAUCAUUAGUGCAAUUAAUUAAAUUAUAAUUUUUACUAAUUAAUUUAAAAUGUUAGGUCACAUGAGAUCAAAGUCGUCUCUCUAUAGAAAAAAAAUAAAAAUUUAAGACACAACAAUGUACACGUAUUUCAUGUACAUGUAAAGUACAUGUACAUGAAUGUAUUAUUAGGGUGCACUGUGUACUCAAGCUAUAGAGAAUACAAAUGUUAAUUGUCAAUACUAUAAAAGUUUUAGCUGAUUUGUUAACAUUAAAAAAACAAACCAAUUUCUAAAAAAAUACCAUGGGCAGGCUAUAUGAAAGUUUGGUUCCAAUUUAAUUUUUUAAUUACUUU